AUGUCAUCAUCAUAUUACCACCAGAAAGUCGAUAUUGACGAAGAAGAGUCUGUGUACAACCUCAUUGAAAAACCUGUCGAGGUCAGGGAGAAGAAGGAGAUGUAUCGAUCUGCUUAUCCCGGAACUACUCCUCCCUCAUACUCCACAUUCGCAUUAAAAAACACAAGCAAACCAGGUGUUGCAAAUGCUGGCGGAAGCUACUUUGAUUUGGAUGUCUUAGGCGGACAUCAUACUAUGAAGAAGAGCUUUGCCACAAUGGGAAGACCUGUAAAACAUGAUGUUAAACCAGAUUCGUUUACCAAGAAAAAUCAAGGUCAUUAUUCCGAUGUCAUUAAAACAAUGGAGACCCAAAAAACGAAAAAGUUUGAAAGAACUUUACCAGAAGGUGUGUCAAAACGACCUCCAAUUCCGAAGAAGGAUGAAAAACCUAUCAUGGGGCUCAUCACUAAAAAGAAUUAUGUUGUUAGCAACGCUGUGGACAACAUUUUGAGUGCUCCAAGAAAAGUAAAGCAACCUGAACCACUUUGGACACAAAAGGCAGAGUAUGGCAAGGUUCCUGAUUAUCUCGCAAAGAUCAAGCAAGAAAUGCAAGACGAAUACGAAUACAUCCAAUCGUUACAGCAACAAAACGAUACAACUGGAAAGUCUAUGAGAAAACUCUCAGAAGAUGAGAAGGAAUCCCUUAUUGACGGACUUCGAAAGAAAUGGAACGAGCUCCAUGAGAGGUAUCAAUCUUUCAGUUUUGCAAUGCCAAAUGAUAAAGUACAUAUACAACGAAAGGAAGCAGUCGAACAACAAAUGGACGAAAUAGAGAAGAGUAUCAUCAAGCUUUCAAAGCAGAACAUUUUUGUGUAUGACGAAGAAGAUAUUGGUUACUAA